CACCCGAUUCCCUUAACUUCGAUGCAAACUGUUACAGACCUUGGAAGUUUCUGACUGUUUCGUAUAUUUAUUCUCCAUUGAUCCUCAUUGUUCAAUUCCCCCGCCUUCGCUUCAAACUCCUUUCCUUUUAUCCAUAUGGGGUCUCUUUCAAUUGCCUCCACCUCGCCAUCUUGGCCGCCGGCCGGAAACCCACCGGCCAUUUUCAAGAUCUGUGUAUCUUAUUGCGGCAAAGAUGCUUCACAGGGCACCAACAUCUCAAAUUGGAUCGAUUGUUACGACCCACAAGAAAAUUCAUGGAACAGAAUUACUACAAUCCCUGGACUUCUGAAAAACUAUGCUCUUAAAGGCUUUUCAAUGGUUUCGUUCGGAGAUUGCAUAUACGUCAUCGGCGGUCGCCUCUGCGAGAAAAUGACGUCGGCUGACAACCGGAGAACCAGAAGCGAGCUGGAAGUCCGGCGACAGGUUUUGCGGUACAACUUGAGUUUGAAUAUGUGGUACGAUUGCGCGCCGCUCAUCAUCCCUCGAUUCGACUUUGCCUGCGCCGUCAUUGGCGACAAGAUUUACGUCGCCGGCGGGAAAUGUCAGCUCGACAUCUCCACCGGAAUGUCGUCUGCAGAAGUUUAUGACCCGACGGUGGACGAAUGGCAAUCGUUGCCGGAGAUGAGUGCUUGCCACCACAAAUGUGUCGGAGUUUCGUGGCAGGGGAAAUUCCAUGUCAUUGACGGAUUUGCCGGUAACAGUGAUUACAUCGGCAAUAUGGAGAGGAGUUCUGUUGAGGUGUACAAUGGUGAUGGUUCCCGGUGGGAUCUGAUCAUCGGAAUGUGGCAAUUGGACGUUCCGCCGUAUUAGAUCAUCGCCGUCGACGAGAAGUUGUUCAGCUCCGGCGACUGUCUCAAUACAUGGAAGGGACAGAUCGAAGAGUAUGAUUGGAAUUUGAAUAUUUGGAGUGAAGUCGAUGGAUCUCGAUGUGAGGCUCUGUCGGCGACGAAUUUUGUCACGAUGGCGGCCGUCGGUGCUUACCUGUACUUUAUUGCUGGGCGAAGGAUGCCAAAUCAGCCUUCUGGAUGACUUCGGUUGUCCACGUGUUUGACACAUCAGCGAAUGGUGACGCGUGGAGGAGAAUGGAGCCCGUGGAAGAGGAGGGAGUAAAGGAGCUUUGUAGCCAUUGCUGCGUGGUAAUUUUAAGAGAAUAAUUAGGAGAAAAAAAAUUAUAUUAUAUAUAUUUUAAAAUUUUAAAGAUUAAUAUUAUAAAUUAAAUUA